GUGAUCCUAAGAUUUCGGAGUCACCGCCUCGAACGAUCAUUCAUCUCAUUCAUGGUAGCGACGGCUGUUAAAGGAGACCGUCACAGCUUGCCGUAGACAUGUCUACUUCGAAACAUCGAAACAGAGUACAGGAAUUCAAAGUGGCCUUGGGUGAAAAGCAGAUCGACUCAAAGGCACUUCAGGAACUGUGCUUCAGUGGUAUCCCUUUUGAAGGAGGCAUUCGGGCAGUUUGUUGGAAAAUUCUUCUUAACUAUCUACCUUUUGACCAGACAGUAUGGGACUCUUUCCUCACAAAGCAGAGAGAGGUGUAUUCACAGUUUCUAAAGGAGAUGAUCAUUCAGCCUGGCAUUGCGAAAGCCAACCUGGGACUGAACAGGGAAGACGUGACUAUGGAGGAUCACCCUCUAAAUCCAAACCCAGACAGCAGGUGGAAUAACUACUUCAAAGAUAAUGAAGUUCUGCUACAAAUUGAUAAAGAUGUCAGGCGGUUGUACCCCGACAUGGCCUUCUUCCAGCGCGCUACGGACUACCCCUGCCAGCUCAUCUUGGACCCUCAGAAUGACUAUGAGACUCUGCGGCGGCGCGUGGAACAGACCACCCUCAAAGCACAGACCGUCAACCGCAACCGCAGCGGGGUCACCAACGUGAGUUCUCCGGGCAAGUCUCUGAACCUCUAUCCAUCGAACGAGUACGAGGUGCUGCCCAACGGCAGUGAAGCACACUGGGAGGUGGUCGAACGCAUCCUCUUCAUCUACGCCAAGCUCAACCCCGGCAUCGCCUACGUUCAGGGCAUGAACGAGAUCGUCGGGCCAAUUUAUUAUACAUUCGCCACAGACCCAAACGAUGAAUGGAAAGAGCAUGCUGAGGCGGACACAUUCUUCUGUUUCACUAACUUGAUGUCGGAGAACAGGGACAACUUCAUCAAGAGCCUGGAUGACUCCCAGUGUGGCAUCACCUUUAAGAUGGAGAGCGUGUAUUCCAUGCUCAAAGACAAGGACAUGGAACUCUAUCUGAAGUUGCAGGAGCAGAACAUCAAGCCCCAGUACUUCACCUUCCGUUGGCUGACCCUGCUGCUGUCCCAGGAGUUCCUCCUGCCCGACGUCAUCCGCAUCUGGGACUCCCUGUUCUCCGACCAGGACCGCUUCCACUUCCUCAUCCUCGUCUGCUGCGCCAUGCUCAUACUGAUCCGUGAUCAGUUGCUAGCUGGAGACUUCACAAUCAAUAUGAGGUUGCUGCAGGAUUACCCUAUCACGGAUGUGCACACCAUCUUGGCCAAGGCCAAAGAGCUGCAGGAUCACUCGUAACACUCUUUCCCCUCAGCCCCUUAGCCCCUUCUACUUGGUAGGUGGGAUGCUCGAUCUUUAAAAUAGUUCAGAUGUUAUUGUUCAAGGACUUCCUCAGUGAAGACAUUGGACAGGCUUGGCAAGGCCGCUGCACUGCUUUUCUUUCCUGUUAGCCAAUUCUUUGGUGUUUAACUUGCUACCUUGAUGUCCAAUGGAAGUGGUUCUGGGUAAAAGACGGCACACGAUUGGUCGCAGGUGCAUUAUGGGAGAAAAAGGCUAAGAAGCACAUGGGCCUCCUUCUCCUUAUUUGAUCCUUCCCACGGAGAUUAUCAUCUCAAACUGAUCUUCUGUACUAUCUUCCCGAUAGUAGUUACAUUGACGUCGUAAUUCCAACCUCAAUUUUUCUGAGAAUUUGCAUAAUAAUCGACAUUGGAGUCAAAUCAACCCAAAGCUUUCUGCUUCAGAUUAUUUUAUCAGAUGGGUAUUGUUCAAUUCUUUGGAUUGCACAGUAAAGCAUGUUUGUUCUUUUUAGGUGUUUUUUGUCUUGUUUUUUUACAUUUUAACUUUUAUAUUUCAGGAAUGUUUAUGCCUCAUUUGUUUAAUGCUGUGUACCAGUAAAGACGGUAGAUGUACUGUCUUGUAAGAAUUAAAAGGUGUUAGUAAUGGCCUAUUUAUUGCUUUGUUGAAUAUAAUCCGUUUGGUGUAACUUUAAAUGGUUAAACUCGUAACCACUUUUAUUUGAUAGCCAAUGUGUUUUUUAUUCUUCAGUAAUACCCAUUUAGUGAUAACCUCUGUAGAAGUAGGAUUUAGCCAUUUUUAUUUUCAGACAUGAUAGAAAUUGUGUUAUUAAACAUGCAAAGCAUUUUAUUAGAAAAGACGAGUGCCACAUCCAUUGUUACCCAUUCUUUGGAUUAAAUACCACAGAACAACUAUGUGACCGAUAACGAUGUUUGCAACGGUUCACAACAGACGCAAACAAAGCCUUUGCCCAUGCAGGAAAACCUAACCAAGCAACCCGGUAAAGUUUAUGACUCGAGACCAAGAGAUCCUUCUUACUCCAUUAUGUCUGCUUCCUCGUAAACAGGGUUUGAGGCUGUGGUCUUCAAUGUAUUACCCCCAGUGCUCUUAAGGUGUUCCUUUCAUUCAGUCACUUGGUGGAGUUCUCAACUAAUUGCCUUCCAAUGAGAGGAGAUGGUCUUGAGUAGCCAUUCAUGCCAAUUCAUCUCAAUCCUUCUGCAUUUACCGCUGUAACUGGAAAUCCUUGUUAAUGCAUUUAUAAAUGUAUUGUUUGAAGCCAGAACCAAACUGAUACGAUGAUGAUUUGGUGCCAGAGCUUUGCCAAUAUUAAUGAGCAAGUUACACACAAAGCCCAUUGAAACAUAAAACUAAAUUGUUCAAAAUUAGUAACAAUGACAAUGUUCAUAUAAAUGCCUAAUGCACAGGAAAUAAUAAAACGUGUGCCUCUCAUCUUUAAAAGGUUACUGAACUUUGUAUGGGGAAACGUGACUUGGUAGCCUUGGAUUAUAAUGUUGCUGUAACCUUAUACACAUUUAGCUUUUUAUUCCAGAAUUUGGAGUCAAAUAGCUUUACAAAUAUGGGGUAUUUAAUGUUGUGGCAUAUAUAUUGUAACUAGUUUAUUAACUAACUUUAUGUAUAUUUGUAAAUUGUCACUACUCAAACUAUUCAUUCACUAAAUGUAAGCUACAAAUACAUGUUGUUCUCUGAUCUAAAUAUGAAGGUAUUCUAUGUUGCAAUAAAAUGCCAUUUUAGCAUCUAAUGUAACUACAAGCAGGGUAUAACUGGAUUAUAGCUCCCAUACUUCCACUUGAAGUCAUACAUUUUUUUUAUUUGUUGAUGGUGUUGCAAAUUUAAAGUGACAGCGUUUUGUCUGAUGCCAAUAGACUCAAAACGUUGUAAUUUGCCUAUUACUUUCUUAAUAAACACUAAAUUAAAUGCGCAGUUGAACAACUCUUCACUUGCCCUUUCAGUUUUUCUCGGAAAUAAUUUCAGCCAUUUAAUUAUCCCAUCAUAGAGUUGGUCCUGUAAGGACUCUAAAUAUAAAGUUCAAAGUCCUUUGGUUCAAUAACUCUGAUCAGUUCUGGCUUAUUUUGGUUUAGGAAUCCAUCUUUAUCAUAGUUCCACCACAGGUGAGCGAAUGUUACAUUUCUCAAUUACUUGAGACUGUCUUUUCUGCGCAAACGCUGAAAUUAUACCUACUAUUUAAGUCAAUCUAUGUCAAUCUAUCUGUCCAAAUAGGCCUACAUCUGUUUCAAAAUACAGGAGUCCUAGAAUGUGGAACAUUUAAAUAUGAAUAUUUGUUUUCAUAUGUCUUUGCAAUAAUUCCAAAAAUGAAUUUAUGUGAAAUAGUCAUGUGCAAAUGUAUUAUUUUUGCUAUUAAGUCCUUUGUUUUUUGUUCGACACUUUUAUUGUAUUUUUCGUUUUUUUUAAUGUAAUUUGUUGUAAUUUGCAUGGUUACAUUUUGUAAGCACAGUUUUUGUAAAGUUAUUGACACUUUGCAUAUGUUUUUCUUACAAUGUUGCAAAUUCACAAUAAAUUAAUAAUGAUGCAUGAA